AUGGUGCUCCUGGCUACACUGAUGGGAAGAAAAUGGAGAGGUUCUUGUGACGCUGACGUCACGAGGGGACGACUUCCUGUCCGCUCGUGCUGGUUCAGUAAAAUGGCAGCUACAGCUUUAGUCGAAGGUUCUUCUGGUAACGAUGCUGUUGCCGAGGGUUUGCUCGACCUCCUGAGACCAGCAAUACAGCAGCUCGAUCUGCAUGUAAACUCGGUCAGAAAAAGCCAAGUGGAAUUAAGAGAACAUAUAGACGGUCUGGCCACAGAGUUAUGCAGGAUAAACGAACAUCAGAAGGUGGCUCUGGACCUGGACCCAUAUGUAAAGAAGUUGCUGAAUGCGAGGCGUAGAGUUGUGCUAGUAAACAACAUACUGCAGAACGCUCAGGAACGUCUGAGGCGGCUCAACCACAACGUGGCCAAAGAGACGGCGCGGAGGAAGACAAUACUGGAGACAUCGGGCGUCUUUGCUUCCCGCUCACCUAGUAAACCAUGAACCUCACCUUGAACCUCCUUCUGCUCCACACAGUAAAUACUGUGAGCUAUUUUGAUCAGCAGGAAAGGAUGAUUGUGAUUAUAGGAAGCUAAAAAACCAGGAUUGGCCAGGCUUCCUUUGACAUUUGCUUGUCUUUUUGUUUAGUACCUUGCUGAUGUUCUGCACUGCUUUUGUCACAGUGAAAUUCCAAGCUGCUGUCUGCUUACCAUUUGGCAACUUCAGAGUACGGUCUUGCAAUACAGUGGAGAUAUUUAUGUAAUAAUUCUAAUGCACUCAAUAAAUAGAUACACUAUGUGGACAAAACUAUAGGAGCCACAGCUCUUAAUCUUUUGAUGUUUUUAUUGCCACAGGUGUGUGAAAUCAAUCACUGGCUUUGCGAUCUGCCCUCACAAACAUUUUUGAAAGAAUGGGUCAUUCUAGAGAGCUCACUGUAUGGCAGUGUGGAAGUGUACAAGAUGCCACUGUCGGUGAAGUUUUACUCCAAGAUAAUACACAAUCAACUGGAAGUGGUAUUCACUGGUGUGAAAAGUGGAAGCGUUGGAAACCCCAGUAACUCAGCAACCCAGUGGCAGACCACAUAGAGUUAGGGCCUUAUAUAUUUGGACACUGACACAAGUUGCUGUUGUUUUCUUUCUUUUCUUUUUUUUUCUUGUACCCGUUUACUGAAACAUAUUCCAAUUAUAGUUAUAUAAUGGAAACUGACAUAAUGUGUAGACCCUCAGCUUUCAUUUGAGACUAUCUUCAUCCAAAUUGGAUGAAGGGUUUAGGAGUUUCAGCUGCUUAACAUGUGCCACCUGCUUUUUAAAUGAACCAAAAGUAAUUGGACAAAUGUGGGUGAUUCCUUUGUUAUGUCAUUAUCAAUUAAGCAGAUAAAAGUGGCAAAAUCUUCAGAUUGGUGCAUCCUGAGAAAGAAAGAAAGCACUGGUGAACUCAGCAACACAAAAAGACCUGGACGUCCACUGAAGACAACAGUGGUGGAUGAUCACAGAAUCAUUUCCAUGGUGAAGAGAAACCCCAUCACAACCAGGUGAACAGCACUCAGAAUAGAAAGGCUAGAUUGGGUUUUGAUUUAAAAGAAAAAAACAACAAAACCCUUUGGACAGAUGAAACCAAGAUCAACCUCUACCAGAACGAUGGCAAGAAAACAGUAUGACAAAGGUGUGGAACAGCUCGUGAUCAAAAUCAUACCACAUCAUCUGUAAAACACAGGGGAGGCAGUGUGAUGGCUCGGGUGUGCAUGGCUGCCAGUGGCACUGGGACACUGGUGUCUAUUAAUGAUGUGACGCAGGACAGAGGCAGCAGAAUGAACUCUGAGGUGUUCAGAGACAGCCUGUCUGCUCACAUCCGGCUAAAUGCAGUCAAACUGAAUGUUCCAUAGUUCAGAUGGACAAUGACCCAAAACAACCCAGGAGUUUAUUAAAGCAAAACAGUGGGAUAUUCUUAAAUGGCCAAGUCAGUCACCUGAUCCUAACCCAGCUGAGCAUUUCACUUACUGAAGACUAAACCUGAGACAGAAAGGCCCACAAACAAACAGCAACUGAAAGCUGCUGCAGUAACGGCCUGGCAGAGCAUUAAACAGGAGGAAACCAUCAUCUGGUGAUGUCCAUGAGUCCAAGACUUCAGGCUGUCAGUGUCAGCAAAGGGUUUUCAACCAAGUAUUACAAGUGAACAUUUUACUUUCAGUUAUUUAAUUUGUCCAAUUACCUUUGAGCCCCUGAACUGAAGGGAUUGUGUUUUUUAAAAAAGAUCCAGGUCCUUUCAUUUUUCUGCAAUAAUUUUGUUCAACCCACUGAAUUAAAGCUGAAAGUCUGCACUUCAGCUGCAUCCAAGUUAAUUAAAAAUACAUUGUGGUGACUUACAGAACCAAAAUCAGAAAAAGUUGUUACAGUUCCCUGUCCAAGUGUAAUAUGUAGGUGGCUCAGAACGUUUGUCCAUAUAAUGUACAAUAAAUACUUCUAUCCAUGA